AUGUCGCAAGAGGGGGUGGUAAUCGUGGCCGUGCCUCUCCCGGUGCAGGGGCACCUCAACCCAAUGCUCAACUUGUCUCUGCUCCUCUCGUCACGUGGGCUGGACGUCCACUACGCAGCGCCCGCGCCGCACAUCCUCCAGGCGCGUUCGCGCGUGCAGGGCUGGGACGCGGCCACUCUCACCUCGCUCCACUUCUGUGUCCUCGACAUCCGGCGGGCCUACGGGACGGCACCGCCCGACCCCGACCACUGGCACGCGUUCCCAUGCCACCUGCAGUCGGCCCUCGACGUGUUCUGUGACCACGCCGCGGCCCCGCUAAGGCGCCUCCUGGACGAGCUCGCUGCCUCGCGCCGUCGGGUCGUGGUCGUGCACGACAUUACGGUGGGCUUCCCGGCAGCGGAGGCGUCGCGUCUCCCCAACGGCGAGUCGUACGCCCUUUGUUGCCUGGGGCAAUCGUUCUGCACCGUGCUGAGGGACCCAAGGCACCCCCUGGUGAGCGCCCUCGGUCUGCCUCCGCCGCCCCCUGAGUCCAUCUUCACCCAGGAGUUCAUGGAGAUGAUGCAGCGGCAGCGCCGGCUCCGCGUAUCCGGCGCUGGACUGCUUCUCAACUCGUUCAACGCCCUCGAGGGCCAGUUCAUCGAUACCUGCCGCAAGGGCCUGGCUCGUGCUGGCGGCAAGAAGGUCUUCUUAAUCGGACCACUAAACCGGCUGCUAGGCAAAGCCCCAAACCUACGCCACGAUUGCCUAGAGUGGCUCGACGCGCAACCGCCGGCGUCGGUGUUGUACGUGUCCUUUGGCACAAUUUCUUCGCUGUCAAGCAUCCAAAUCCAGGAGCUGGCGACCGCGCUGCACCACAGCGAGCAGCGGUUCAUCUGGGUGCUGCGCGACGCCGACCGCGCGGACGAAAUGGGAGAGGCUGGCGAGAGCCGGCAUGCCCAUCUCCUGCACGCAUUCAGGGAUAAGAUCCAAGGGAGAGGGGUGGUGAUCACAGGGUGGGCACCGCAGUUGGAGAUCCUGGCGCACGGCGCAACAGCUGCUUUCAUGAGCCACUGCGGCUGGAACUCGAUACUGGAAAGCCUAAGUCACGGGAAACCAAUCCUCGGAUGGCCGAUGCACUCUGAUCAGCCGUGGAACGCGCAGUACGUGUGCAACCAUCUCCGGGAGGGCAUCAUCGUUCGGCCGUGGGAGAAGAACCGGGAGACGCUGCCCGCCACGGCCAUCCAAGAGGUCAUCAAGAGGGCAAUGGGGUCCAACUCCGACCAAGGAAUCGCUAUGGGCAACACGGCCAAGGCGCUUGCCGAAGACGCACGUGCAGCCGUUUCCAAGGGCGGCUCGUCGUGGCAGGAUAUGCAGGAGUUCAUUGUUCACGUCACAAGGUGA